AUGUUUGCUGGAUAGUUGGGCCUGAAAUGCCACAUCAACGCUCUACAACACCAAAGCCAAGGAGUUAUGGAAGGUGGCAGAGCCUCAGGGACAGCUGGCAGCGUUGGCCGUAAGAGACUCCACCGGAGGCCGGGCUACAUGAGAGGGGAACAGACCAGACCACAAAGUUUUACAGAUGAUAUUGAAGACUUGGAGGAAGAACAAGAAGAAAAAGAUGGAGCAAUUUGCAUAAGGAAUGGAAAGAGUAAAUGUGAAACUGAGGGGGUAAUCACUGCACAACCUGACAAAACCUCCCAUGACAUCCCUCUUGCGUCCACCAACAACAGUGCCCUCAGUGAACCAAAGAGUGAACUCAUGUUAAACCACACCCCGGUAUUCCAGCAUUCAACUGCUCCUGAAGAGUCUUUCAACUCCAGUUUUAGUUUCAUUCAACAGUCUCUCAGGACCCUCAUGGCUCCUGCAACACCAGCACUUGAUCCAGAGCCAAAAGCUACCGCAGUGCCUGAUUUCUCUCAAAUUCAAUCAGCAGCAUUGUUUCCUGUUCAGCCUGAAUCCAAACCCUCCACCCAUGUCACAGCUAACUCAGUCCUGAGCAGCCACAAAGAGAGGGAGACACUCUGUUUAGGUGGACGGUUUUGGGGUGAACACGCGUGGGACAGCAGAGAUGGUGACUUCCAGUGUCUGGAUACAGAAAUCACUUCUUCAUUGUCACUUGAUUCAGACACCGCCUCUGCAUCCUCAGUCACGUCAGGAUACGAGAGCGCCACACCUGCUUCUGACCAAGGUUGGGACAAUUUGGUGAGGAAGUAUGACAACGUACUGCAAGAGUGUCUCCAAAACAACCGGACGCACACAAAGAUCGAAUCCAUGAUGUUAAAGCUUCAGAGACUGCAGCAAAAAGCCAUUGUGGAAGAUGACUAUGAUGCAGCUGAGCGAUUUGGGAAAAAGCUGGAGGAGCUGUGCAAGGAGCGAGGAGCUCUUAAACUCGGUUUACCUUCCAGACAGCCCAGCGUGGCUCUGUUCCUCCAGAGGCUUAGAGAGGUGGUGCAGAGCGCCCUCCGCAGGGCAGACAGCAGUCAGCACAGGUCAGGAGUAGAAUCCGAUGGAGGAGAGCAGUCGGACUCAAUGCGCCGCCGAGAUCGUCUCAUACAAGAGAAGCGGACGGUAGAGGAGGAAAUGGAGGAACUCCAGCAGAGACUGGCGGAGCUGCAGGAUCGCAGUCGAUGUCUGGACCAGCAGAUCCAGCAAGAGGAACAACAGAUGGAGGCUGAGGAACUGGAAGGGUCCAUUCUGAGGAGCUGUACCACGGCCCAGCUCCGAGACAUGAGCCGAACCCUUCAUGAUCUUGUGAUGUCUGACAACCGCAUCCAGAUCUUAGUUUCUCCUCCUCCUUCCAUGCUCAGACUCCAGGAGCAGGAGCAAGCAUUGAAUCUAUCCAUCAAGGAAGCCACUGCCAAAGUGGUCAUGAGUCAGAAGCUGGGCAGCAGCCUCAGGAGGAAAGUCAGUGAGACUGAAACUCAGCUCUUAGCUCUGCAAGAAGCCAAACUGGCUGCCAUCUCAGGUAAUGACUUCAGCAGCGCCAAGGAGCUAAAGGCUGAGAUGAAGGCGGUAUACCAGGAGCAGGAGCGACUGGAGGCCCUGGCCAAAAGGCUACACAGUCUCAGCUCAGGGAGCAGCCAAGAGCUGGCCAGGAUGAAGGAGCAGCGGCAGCAGCUCAGACAGGAGCUGGAGCACAGGGAGGCGCGGCAUGAAAGCCAGCUGAAAGACAAUGCCGUCAAAUAUAUUGAGCUAUUGGAGGACAGGUUACAUAGCUGUAGCUGCUCAGGCCUGGAGCGGAUUUGGGAAGCAGACCUGGAAGCGUGUCAUCUAUUCUUAAGAGGUUUGCAUUUACGCACAUCCGUCAGUAUCGGAGCAGACAUGGAUGACCAUCUCGCCACAGCUGACUAUGCUUCAAAUCGAAUGUGCGACAAAGAGGAAGAAGACAGCGCCAUGUUAACUGCGUUGGGCGGCCGCUGGUGUCCCGAGGCUAAUUUACAGAACUCUGAGUUCACCAAGAAAUUGGAGGAGUUUUUGUUCUGCAUGGAAGAUAAUAACCCACAGGACGUGUCCAGCGAUGAUGAAGCGGCAGACCUAGCUGAGCGCUGUGAGGUGAUCAGUGAUAGACUGAUGACCUUGGAGGACGACUUACACACGGCCAUACUAAACCGGGAUCAGGCCCUGGCUGAGUCACUGGAGAGGCAAGUUCAGGAGGUGAAAGCCACUUUGCAAAACAUGCUGGCCCUGCUCAGAGAGGAGGACAUGGAGGACGUGCACAUUCAUGAAGUGCGGGAUGAUGGCCACCCUGAGGAGAAUGAUAUUUUGGAAGAGGAGGAGGAAGAGGACCAGUACUUCAGUGACAGCUGGGACAUUUGA